UAUCAGCUGGGAUGUUUAUUGUCAUAGCCAGUCAUGAACUGGUAUCAGUAACGAAGCAGGAAACUGAGUCACAUUAACUGUAUGGUAAGCGUGAGUGUGGAGUGUCAGUAUUUACACAGCGUCGCGUAUGAAGGAUGGCUUCUGUGUUCAUCUCCCCUGUUAAACAUGGUAGCUUUGUGUUAUUGGUACUGAUACUGAUGAACCCGAGACACACACACAGUACUACAACCAAUACUACCACAGGAUCUUCAACAAAGAUUACAAAAUACACGACGACAAGUCCAAAUUACAAAAACGACAACUUAACGUUUGAAUCUUCCUGUGUUGCUCUCAAUUGGUCGGCAGCGGUGACAGACUGCAUCAACAAGGAUGCCGAGAUAUUCUCUGUAGAAUAUUUAAUUACAUCCCUCGGCAGCAAUGUGUUGAAGAAUGCUACUGCUGAACACACCAAGAUACGGAUAAACAUAAAUGAUAUCUGCCAGACAGCUUUCAAUGGGUCAUUCCAGGUCGCCAACUGUAGUGACUCCAACUAUUAUGUCUGCACAUUGAACACAAGUACAAGUUCUGAUUGGUACGUACCGUGUCGAAAUGAAACCACAGAUGCUUCCACGCAAGGAUCUACAACAUCAACACCACAGAUUCCAACCACAACCCAGGGAUCAAACACAAAAGUUCCAAUCAUCGCCGCGAUCGUAUGUCUGAUAGCGGUUCUUGCUGCUGUGAGCAUUGCUCUUGGCUGUUACUUAAUCCAAAGGAAGAAAACAGGGUCAUCAGGAAAUCAGGUGAAUGUCGCAAGUGAAGGACAACCGGAAGUGGAUUAUUACUGUCAACUACAAGCUCGAGAUGCUUCAGAAAUGAACAAUUAUGCUACACUUAAUGAGCCUGAAAACAACGAAAGGGCACCUGCAAACCAGUCGGAACAGAAUGAUUAAUUACACGAAUCCUAAAACUUCUAAUCACAACCGUAAGGUAUGAAUUCUGCAGAGACCAUCGCCAAUACCCACACAAGCUUAGGAUGCAAUUGCAGGAUCUGCACAGUUCGUGUCUUCUGUUCUUGUGAUAAUCUUUGUUCUAGCCGUGUUCAUUCCUUUCCACCGGUACAUACAUGCAUGAUACGUUACUAUAGGUUUACAUAUCCUUGUUUUUAUUCUUUAAUAUCUUGCU